AUGUCUACUCUUACUACCGAGGAUUUCAAGCGCGGAGGCGGUGCGUACCCAAGCACGUGGCAUUUUGAUCAGGAUUUGCCAGAGGACCGAACGUAUAUCGAAAAAACGUUCAAGGUCUUGAGAGAAUACAGUGGUAUACCUGCGGACAAAGUUGAAGAACAUGUCAUCGGCAUUAGAGACAAGGCAUGGGAAGUCUUUCCAUACCCAUGCAUUGGAUCCUGGCGCUUCUUAGCAGAUUAUUUGGUAGAGUUUCCCGAGUAUCCUGAGAUACUCGCCCGUGUCAAGUCAGGCGAUGUCUUUCUGGACGCCGGCUGCUGCUUUGGCCAGGUGCUGCGUCACCUCAUGCUUGAUGGUGCACCUGCCAAAAACCUGAAGGGGACGGAUUUGUAUCCCAAGUUCAUUGAACAAGGCUACGACCUAUUCCGGGACGAGAACAAGUGCGGGCUUGACUUCGUCACAGGCGACAUGCUCGACCACUCAGACCCUGCGCUUGACGUCCUGGAUGGAAAGAUCGACAUUAUACACGGAACAUUUCUCUUCCACUUAUUCAACCGCGAAGAUCAAAUCAAGCUGGCAACGCGUCUCGUCAGGUUCUUCAAACCGGACGCCAAGAACGCGCUCAUCGUCGGCCGUCACACAGGCCAAGCUGAGCCCCUGGAUCCAUUUGAGACUUGGACUUUAGACAAGCUCCAGCGCUUUCUUCACACACCAUCGACGUGGCAGGCUUUGUGGGACGAUGUUGGUAGACUGACGGGCACAAAGUGGUUGGCUACUGCCGAGGUGGUGUUCUUGAAAUAUCUCGACAUUGACGACAAUUACUGGGCGAAGAGGAAGGAAAUAACUGGAGACCCGAAUCCGCCGAAGACUUUGCGCUUUUGCCAAUAUCGGUUUGCGGUGCGUAAGCAGCAAAUAUAA